AUGACUCCUGCUUCAUUUCUAUCUACCUAUUGUCUAAUAGAACUCGCGAAAAGUGUCGAAAAGCAAUUCCCGUGCGCUUCAAAAGUGAUUGCUGAAGAUUUCUAUAUGGAUGAUUUAAUGACGGGAGCCGACACCGAGGAUGACUGCUGUCAAUUACAAAGAGAAGUAAGCACAGUGCUAGAUUCAGCAAAGCUACCGUUAAGGAAAUGGUGUUCCAAUUCCGAGUUUGUACUGCAAAACAUGUCUAAGUGUGUUAACGAUCCCUUGUUUGUGUUGGAUAUCGGAGACAAUGACACUGUCAAGUCAUUGGGACUGCAGUGGAAACCAAUUGCCGACCUAUUUCAAUUUGAAAUCGUAUCAAGAUCCAUGGAAGGUACAUUGACAAAAAGAGCUAUACUCUCAGACCUAAACAGAAUUUUUGAUCCACUCGGUUUCCUGUCACCGGUUCUAGUGAAGGGAAAAAUAUUUCUACAACAGCUCUGGUCCAUGAAGAUAGAUUGGGAUGCAAGGCUUCCGUUAAACAUACAGGAAAGAUGGGGUAAAUUUUACGAAGAUCUGGAGCGACUGAAAUAUUUAUCCAUUCCCAGAAAGGCCAUACCUGAACGAACUGAUAUCAUAGAUGUACACGGGUUUUGUGACGCAUCCGAAGAAGCGUAUGCGGCCUGUAUCUACAUUCGUUCUCAGAGCAGCGAUGGAAAAUGGCAUUCCAGACUUCUUUGUGCAAAACCUCGAGUGGCCCCGUUAAAAGAAAAUACAAUACCACGACUUGAAUUGAAUGGUGCCUUGUUAUUAACUGAAUUGACUCAACGGGUCGCUGAUUCAUGGCAAAUCAAUAUUCAUCAGUUCAAACUAUGGAUGGAUUCAACUAUAGUUUUAGGGUGGUUCAAUAGCCAAAGCAGCCGGCUAAAAAUCUAUGUUGCCAAUCGAGUAGCUCAAAUUAUGGAUACUACAGAGGUCAGCCAGUGGAACCAUAUAGGCACGCAGGAAAACCCAGCAGAUAUCCCUUCAAGAGGUUUAAGACCACGGGAACUGUUAACGGCAAGAUUGUGGUGGAACGGACCUACCUGGUUGGAAAGUGAUGAGAAGGAUUGGAUCUUGAAUCCGAUAACCCAUGAUGAUGAGCUACCCGAAGUACGCAAAGUGAAGCUACUGCUAUUAGUGAUCAAACCGUUGAAUAGUAUAUUAGAACACUACUUUGAAUGGAAUUGUAUGCUACGAAGAGUUGCUUGGUUAAUGGUCUAUUCGAAGUACAUGCGUAAGAAAAUCAAUGGGCCUCAAUCCCUAACAAUAUCAGAUUCGGACGAAGCGAGGAAAUCAAUUUUAAGAAUGGUCCAAGCUGAGUGUUUCAGUAAAGAGAUCUCGUCACUAGAAAGGGGACAAGAAGUACCAAGAAAUAGUAUGUUGCGUAGUUUGAAUCCCUUCCUGCGCGAUGGGUUAAUACUUGUUGGUGGAAGACUCGAGAAUUCAGACAUAGCCGAUGGACAAAAACACCCUAUAGUAUUGCCUGCUAGUCAUAAAAUAACCAGGCUAAUAUUUGAAGCAUACCAUCUCGAGCUACUUCAUGGAGGACCUCAGCUCAUGUUAUCUGAAGUUAGACGUCUUUACUGGCCACUGCUAGGUCGAGUAACCGCGAGAUCAGUGGUAUGGCAUUGUGUCAAAUGUACAAAGGCACGUCCACGUUUCAAUCAUCCAAUUAUGGCACCACUCCCAAGAGACCGAGUUCAGUGUACUAGACCUUUCACUGUCACAGGUGUAGAUUUUGCUGGACCCAUAUAUAUUCGCAGUGGUUUGAGGCGUGUAGCUGCUAAGAAGGCUUGGAUUGCUAUAUUUGUUUGCUUCUCAACGAAGGCCAUACAUUUGGAGUUGGCUGACGAUCUUUCAAGUAAGUCUUUCAUGGCGACAUUUCGUUAUUUUAUGGCUAGAAGAGGAAAAUGUGCUAAGGUUUUUAGUGACAAUAGCACAAACUUUGUUGGGGCUCAAAAGGAGUUAAUUUCAAUGAUGAAAAAAGCCAGUGUUGAUCUUGAGAAAGAAGGUAUUGAGUGGCAUUUCAACCCGCCUACUGCUCUACAUUUUGGUGGUAUAUGGGAGAGUGCCGUGAAGAGUAUGAAACACCACAUGAAGAGAGUUAUAUCUGAUCACAAGCUUACGAAUACAGAAAUGCGAACUCUCUUGUGCCAAAUCGAGGCUUGUCUCAAUUCCAGACCGAUGACUCCACUAAAUAGUGAUCCUUCUGACUUGGCAGUCCUUACUCCAUCACACUUCUUGAUUGGAGGAGCUAUGUUGUUACCAGAUGAACCAGACAUAUCUAAGGAAGAGCCCAAUGGUCUACGUAGAUGGCAACUAGUGCAAAAUUUGAUGCAGACCUUUUGGAAGCGGUGGUCGAGAGAGUAUCUACCACAGACUCAAAUUCGUGGCAAGUGGACAAGCAAGAGCGCACAGCUAGCAAAGAACGAUGUCGUUAUUAUCAAAGAUGAUUGUAUGCCUCUAGCCAGAUGGAAGUUAGGAUUGGUUAUGGAAUUGCAUCCUGGCUCUGAUGGUGUAGUCCGGGUUGUCACCAUAAGAACAGCAAACGGAACGCUCAUGCGUCGGCCAAAAUUGGCUGACGUGGGUUACGAACAGCACCUCAUACAAGAGCAAUGGGCGUCAAAGGAUAAGUUACACCUGAUACGAUCCAUGAUGAGACUAAGGAAAAAAGGAACGUUGCCGCCAGUCUAUCCGAAUGGAUGGUUUGCGCUCCUGGACUCCGAUCAACUCAUCGUCAAUCAAGUCAAGUACGUGACGGCUCUAGCUGAAAUAUUUGAUGUAGUAACAGGAAAAUCAAAGAAACCAAUUUUAGCAAAAAUCGGUAAUGAAACUGAAGAUGAAGCGAGAAAAAGGCAAAUAGGCAUGAAACAUAAAUCUGAGCAUGAAACAAGUGUACCUUAUACUCCUGAACAAAAUGGAAGAGCUGAAUGUUCAAUGAGGACUAUUUGUGAGGCAGCCAGAACAAUGAUCUAUGCCAAGAAUUUUCCAAAAUCACUGUGGGCAGAAGCAGUCAAUACAGUAGUGUUCUCAUUCAAUUAUACUGGUAAUUCAGGGAAAGUAUGUAAAACUUCAUAUGAGUUAUGGUUUGAUAAACUUCCUAAAAUAGAAAAGUUCGUAGAAUUCGGAAUAAAUGCAUAUAGUUUAGUUCCAAAACAACGACGAAAGAAGUGGGAUACAAAAAGUCGAAAAGGAUACUUUGUUGGAUAUUCAGAAACUUCAAAAGGGUAUCGUAUUUGGUAUAAAGAAAAUAACGAGGUGUCACUUAGUAGAGACGUUAUUUUCAAGGAUGAAAGUGUUGUAAAUGACCAACGUGUAGAAUGUUCUAAUAAUUUAAAUGAUAGUAAUAACAUUGAUGUUCUUAGCUUACACAAAGACGGCUCUUUAGAACACAGCAAUACAUCAGAAGGGGAUUAA